AUGGACGAGGCGCUGUACAACAAUAUCCUGGCAGCCCUGGAAGCCGUCCAUGGUGGGCAUACCGCAAAUGAGGCCCGGCAAGCGGCCGGGCAGAUGUUGGAAGGGUUCAAGGACCGGGCCGACGGGAUGCCUUACGCCCUGUACAUCCUGCAGACACCGUCCCCAAGGCACACGGAUCAGGUGCGGCAUUUCGCCCUGCAUUCGCUGGAGCACAUGCUGAAGGUCAGGUGGUUUCCAGAGAACGAUGCGGCAAAGCCGAAAGGAACGCCCGGCAAGACCGCUGCGGUUGGAGUAGGCGCGCCCCCAGGGAUGGCCCCUCAGCUAACACUCGCGGAGAAGGAGCAGCUGAAGGAGGCAAUGCUGCAGGUCAUGGCCAGGGGCACCAGGGACGUUGCUGGCGAGGCCCAGUUCAUCAAGAUCAAGGUGGCCGACUUGGUUGCACGGCUAGCUGAGAGGGAUUACCCGAACCGAUGGGAAGGCUUCCUGGAGCAGAUGAUGCAGGCGUGGACGACGGGCCCUAUACAGGCGGAGUUGGCUAUGAUGGUGCUGGCCAUACUCAUCGAGGACUGCCACGACGUGGACUUCAGGAGCGAGAUCGACUUCAGCCGGAGAGAUCCUAUCCUGAGAGGCCUCAACGAUUUCUUGCCCCAACUCAUGCCAACAUUGUACAACUUCCUGGUGCAGCAGUGGAUGGGCUACAAGGCUGCCGUCGCGGCGGCCGGUGGAGCUUCCGCGGGAGUCGGGGCCACGGAGGCGGCUCUCAUGAACCGGGCGCUCAACCUGCUGUCCAAGAUCAUGCCCUGGGCCGGCGAGAAGAGCAUGGGAGAGGAGCCCAACGACUUCUUGCCGGCGAUCGCGCAGCUGAGCACCCUGCGGGUGGCGAGGAGCGAGUCUCUGGUGUGCCUCGAGGCGAUGUGUUCCCAGAAGCUUUCCGAAAAGCAUUUCCACCGCCUGCUGGAGCACCUGCCCGAGAUGGUGCAGCACGUCAAGCAAGCCCUGGCACAGGAGGCGUUACCGUUGUCGGAGUCGCUGGAGGUGCACCAGAUGCUUAGCGCCUGUCUGGAGGAGACGAUGAUGAGGAACAUCAACUACAUCGCCGGGGAGAAGGACUUUCAGAACAGAAACAGCCGGAAGUCGGAGCUGCUGUCGAAGUUCCUCGAGGAGGUGCUGCAGCUGACCAAGAUGCCCUCGAAGCGCAUGGCCGGGAACCUGAUCCAGGCGUGGCAGACCCUGGCCAACAAGCCAAACGCUAAGGACAUGCCCGCGUUUGUGGUGAUGGUGCCGCAGCUCGUGGCCGCCUUCGCCUCGCACAUCGUCACGCGUAGACAAUGCCACGAGUGCACCUCGUCGAGUGUCGGCCAGUUUCCUCUCAAAGUCAUGCGUACCCAUCGCUCGGAGGUUCGUUUCGAGGAUGACGUCACGGACGACCCUGUCGCGGCGGAAGAGUUUGUCGACGAGGAGGACUACUUCCAAUUCGUAUCUGGCUUCCGAACACAGGUGAAGCUGUUGCAGAACAGCGUCGGCAAGGUCAACCCUCUCCACAUCGUCACAUACAUCUUGGAGCAGGCGCAGCAACUCGUGCAGCAGCACGGGACGGGUCGCGACCACCUGGAUGCGGCGGGUUUCCCCACGUGGAAGACGGAGGCGUGUCGCUCGUGGAGCACGUUCGCUUCCCUCGCGAGAGGGACCAUCGUGGGCCUUCCCAGUUGGUGCACCGGAGAAAAGCCUGAAAACCCGGAAGAGAUGGUUGAGGGCGGCACGACGGCCUUCGUAUCGGCGCAGUGCUUCCAGAUGCUGAGGACCGUGGCCGAGCUCAUGAUCACCUGGCAGCCCAACGGCUCUAUUCUCAUCGGACACCAGCUGACGGUGCUGGAGUCCUGCAAGCUGCUGUUCGUGCACGAGUCUGGGAUGCUGCAGUCGGUCUUCGACAAGCUCUUCACCUUACUUGAGCAGCCCGACCCCAACUUCAACCUCGCCGCGAUGCCCGGAGCCACCGUGGUCACGGCUAGCCCAGAGGUGGAAGCCGUCCGACAGGCCGCGUCGCGGGCCCUCGUUGUGCUCGGGACUGGCGUGUCUGCCGUGCUCGUGGUGGCCCUGGGGGGCAUCUGCCAACGGGUCAACGCCGUCAUCAACAACAACAGGCCUAGCCUUGCCGUGCGCACACACCUGCUAGAGCUGCUGGUGGUGGUGAGCAACAGCGUGAAGGACGAAAAUCAGCGUCGAGGGUUCGUGCUAGACAUGCUGAAGGAGCCCAUGGGGGUCUGGGUAGGGGAGGAGGUCACGAACGCUGUCAGCUCCCCAGAUAUGCGGUGCAUCCACAUGCUGUGGGCGCCUCCCACCAGGCAAAGGCUUCUCAGCCACCCCGUCGCUAGGGCUACGCUGGCGAUCAUCCCCUCUGUCGAGAGCGAGGCCAACCGACGGAGAAACAAGUCUGGCGACUACGAGGUGUCCCCUCAGGACCUUCGAAAGCUACCGCUCGUGGCGCAGUGGUGCAGAAUGCUUCACGACCUCCGGACGGUGUGCUACAACCUCCUCGGGCUGUCGUGCAGACAGGGGGCUCUGUACCUGGCCGUCCCCGCCGACAAGGUGCAGGACGUGGUGGUCAACGGCAUCUUCGCCGGCUUCGAGUUCAUCGAGAACAGGCACCUACAAGGGUUCUGCUCCCGCUUUGUCGAGAAGUACGUGGUCUGUUGCCCUCCCUCUCUGGUGCGGUCUCACGUUGAACCCGUGAUGGCGAUGUUGGCCAGCAACAUCAUGCCUAGACUCAGCGCUGCCUGGUCUCCUCAAAGCGCAGGCGCACAAACGUUGCGGGCGAGAGACCCCGAGAAGUUCCAAGUGUACGCUGACGGAGGGACGAUGCUGACAGAGGAGGACUUGGACAAGGAUGAGCUUGAAGAACUCAAGAUCAAGCACCGGCUGCACCUCACGAAGGGCCUGGCUGACAUCGUGCACGCGUGCCUGGCGCUGAGAGGAGAGCUGAACUUGCCUCCCAGCGCUCUCGACAAGGGCGGAGCAGGGGGGGGCGCGGGUGAUACUCAGAACGGCGGCAGGGGUAGAGGAGGGGGGCGGGGGCACCCUAGAGGGCAGCCUUAUUCGGCGAGAGGAGGGAGAGGAGGCAGGGGGGGCGGCAACCUGUCCAAGAAGGCUGCACAGGCGGAGAAGGUGCUGGACGGGAAGCGAAAGAGACGUCGAGCCUUGCUGGACGUGUUCGUGAGAGGGCAAGGGAGCAUCCCGCCGAGCCUGGUCAUGUUCACGGUCGGUCUCAUCCGACACUGGGGGGACGCGUACUCUUGCCGAAAGGCCCUGGCAAUCGCGCACUGCAUACUGUUGGAGUACGACCUUCGUUCGGACGUGAUGAAGCAGCGUCUGUCGAGAGAUCUCUUCAGCGGCGUGGUGGACGCCCUUGUCGCGGGGGCUCCGCAGUUGCAAGGCAUGGAGUGGGAAGCCGUUACUCUGGUGAAAACACUCUACGUGUCGUUCGGCCUGAGCGGUGCGAGAAACAGGACUAGAGGGUCAACGUCCGACGAUAGCCUCAGAAAGAAGCUGCAGUCCCUGGCCGGGGUGUUGGAGCAAGACGUGUCUACCAUGGACGCCAAGCUCAGGAGCGAGAGCAGCGACACCCGCACGCAGAAGGAGGCCGUGAGGGAUGUCCUCAGGAGGGCUACGCUGGUCGCGCAAAACUCUGCUGGAAGGGGUGGGGGGAAGGGCAGCAACGCCAGCGCCACGUUCUGGAAGGACAACAAGGGCAGGUCGGGCGGUGCCAAGGGUCAACCGAACAAGAGCUCUAACAGGAACAGGAACAAGAAGAACGGCAACAACGACCAAGACAACGACAACCCGUCCUCGGACAUUCUGUGGCAACGCCGAUGAGGGUGGGGCGGAUGAUGGUGACGAACGACGACGUUGUUGUGAUGGUGGCAUGGUAAUUCUUGUCGGUUAAUGGGCGCAGAUUUGGUUAUGUCUCUGUGGUGUUUGCUGAGAGGGUCUCAAUUUCUUGGUGGGCCCAUGAUUGGAUGCCGGUGGGCGCGAGGUGUAGCAUCUGCGCGAAGUGUAGCUACUGCUGUGUUUGCCUCCAAAAACAACUUGCAGCUUGCGGCUUGCGGAAUUCCUGUCCUUACGCCACUUUUCUCUGAGCGUCCAGAAGACUGAGAGUGCGUGCUUUUUGAUUCAGAUUAUUGGUUAGGUGAGGCAGCUAUGAAGCUUGCACGCAUGGAGGUCGUGGUCAAUGUCACAAGCUCUACACAUCCUGUGCCUCCAGCCAUGCUAGGCAUUGAUUGUGGAGAGAAAGUGGGAUGCAUACAACGUGGAAUUUCACUGGGGGGAUCUUGCAUGGCAAAGUGCAUUGGGAAGAGGCAUCCGUUUAUUGACGCUGGGAAAAAACAAGACAAGAACGGAUUGGAGGGAGACGUGUUAUCUAAGAGGUUACUUUGUCGACACCGUAUAUCAGGGCUUGGAGAACGACAACGGUUGGUGAACGUACGAAUUGUUCCAUGGGAAAAGGUGGUUUUAGCACGUACCGUGUGUGCCUGGUGCGAAUGGAACGCUCCCGCUUCCUUCGAUGGAACAGCGUGGGACAACGACCGGGAGACUUGACCGAAGACGAACGGUGUUUCGUCCAAUAAGAUUUUCAGAAACCGAUAGCUGCAGGUUGGCUGAGUGCGCUCGGUCGGGUUUCAUCACCAACCAAUCAUCGUCGUCGCGAAUUAGGAGGCUAAGGGUUGCAUGGUUAUGUAGAAGUGCUGUAACCAUUGUUGUUGCACAUACAAGGGUAGGACCAAGAUACGAUCCGAACGGAGGAUCUUACUGAUGGUUGAUCAGCAAGAGACCCGAGUGUGGAUGCAAAUAAAAACGGGGCGUUCGCAAUUCCAAAAGGGAGACGUUUAAAAACCC